ACAUUUCCUCACUCACUCACUCAGAGAAAAUAAAAAAAGAAGAAGCAAAAAUGGCUCGAUCUUUCGCUAUCGCUGUGAUCUGCAUCGUCCUCGUCGCCGGCGUCACUGGCCAAGCUCCAACUUCGCCACCAACCGCCACACCAGCACCACCAACUACAACAACUCCUCCACCAACAGCUACUCCUCCUCCCGUCUCAGCACCACCACCAGUCACAACUUCUCCUCCUCCAGUCACCACUGCUCCUCCUCCAGCUAACCCACCACCACCAGUCUCAUCUCCUCCUCCUGCUUCUCCUCCACCAGCAACUCCUCCUCCAGUCUCUUCUCCUCCUCCUCCCGUCGCUUCUCCUCCUCCAGCAACUCCUCCUCCCGUUGCUACUCCUCCUCCAGCUCCUCUAGCUUCCCCUCCUGCUCAAGUUCCGGCUGCAGCACCGACCACGAAGCCAGAUUCUCCAUCUCCUUCCCCGUCGUCUAGCCCACCUCUUCCGUCUAGCGAUGCUCCUGGACCUAGCACCGAGUCGACCUCUCCUGGUCCUGGCCCUUCCACCGAUGUAAACGACCAGAAUGGAGCUAGCAAGAUGGUAUCGAGCUUAGUAUUUGGAUCUGUGCUCGUUUGGUUUAUGAUCUAAGUGGAGUCUUUUGGCCACCACAGAAGUGUUCCUUGCAUUUAUUAUUAUGUCGUCGUCUCUUGUUUGUUCCAUUGUAUUGCUUGGGACUGAAUUCUUUUGGGAUUUAUUAUCUUGUGGUGGAGAGGAUACUACUGUACUGAGAGAGCUUGAGAUGAGAUAGCAGCAGGAUUCAUUUUGUUUGCAGAUACUUUUGUGGCUUCCUUUCUCAUUCUAUUUGAUUAUUAUUAGUGUACUAAAUUCCUUUUUUCUCCAUGCCUA